AUGGCGGCAUCACUGUUCACCUACUCCUCUACUUCAAGAAGAGUCGUCCCAGCUCCAAACUCUCCUCCUCUUCCCAUAUACAUCAAAUCCACCAAUGUAGUUUUCAACCCUGAUAUUCCAGAUGUUCAUCGAGGUCUUGGACUUGCUGAUUUUGUUAAUUUGUUAGUCUCAUGCCGACUCCGAUACGCAAUCAGUGACGUUCCAUCAGAGUUCUUUCCCGAACAAGUUUGUGAGUUCUACUACACUGCAACAAUUAAUGAUGAAAACAACGUCAUCUCUGGGACUAUUGGCCGUGGAAGACACUCAGUCUUUAUUACUGCUGACCUCCUCAGUGCUGCACUCAGGUUACCAAUCUUUGAACCCUUCUCUGAGCUUCCACCCAUUGAACGUUGUCGACGUCUCUUUGAUCAACUGGGAUAUGAUCACUCAAAGGCUGGUACUCGAUCAGCUCUCAUUCUGCGUCAAUGUAUGACUCCGGGAUGGAAGUUCUUCACCGGUGCUCUGUGCAAAUGUGUGGGUGACAAAUCUCGCAGUGGUGAUCAACUGAGCACUUAUGAGCAACAAGUCGUCUGUUCCCUUCUUCUCAACAAGCGACUUGAUUAUGGGGCUUUCUUCUUUGAUCAACUUGUUCAACUUCUUCGUGCAAAUGAUGAUCCAUUGGAAACUGACAUCGGCAUCUCUGAUCAGAUGAGAGAACGGAUUGCAAAUCCAUAUACUGUUCCUUCACUAACCGCUGAUACUGAGGAAGGAGCUGAUGGUAACAACGAAGAUCAUGCUGAUCAAGAAGCUGAAUCACAGGAUGGUGGUCAUCUCUCCCCUUAA